AUGACAACAUCAGAAAUUAUAGUCCAAGAAUUACUUAUUUAUCCCAUCAAAUCUUGUGGUGCUAUUAAAGUAAAUGAAGCACAAACAACACGUUAUGGACUUUCACUACCAUCAAGCCCUUUGCUCUCCGAUCGACGAUGGAUGGUAAUAGAAGGAGUUCGACAACAAAAUCAACGCCAUUUUCCUCGAAUGGCACUCAUACAGCCCCAAUUUACUUCAACAGGUCUUCAACUUACUGCGCCAGGAAUGUCACCGUUAACUAUUCCCUUUAGUCCAUUACCGAAAGAUAUUAUCGAACUGGAACACCCAGUUAUUAAAGGUCGAAGAUAUGGUGGAAAUAUUGCCGAAUGGUUUUCGACAUUUUUAGAAAAAUCUGGCUUAGAUUUAGUUUAUUUUGAUGACGAGUUCGAACCACAAAAGACGAAAAAUAUUGAACCAGAGUAUCCAAAUGAAGCCCUUGAUUUCGAUGCUGUCGCUUAUCAAGAUAUGAGUCCAUUUCAUUUAGGUUCGCUAGAAUCGAUAGAUGAUCUUAAUAAACGAUUACCAAAUCCGAUUACGAUAUAUAACUAUCGACCCAAUAUUAUUGUUAAUGGUGUUGAUAAACCAUAUGGAGAAGAUUACUGGCGAGAAAUACAAAUUGGUGAUCAUGUUAAACUUCGUUGGUUUCGAUCGUGCCUACGAUGCUUAUUACCAAAUGUAAAUCAAGAAACAGGUAUUCGUGAUUCUCAGCAAGAACCAUGGAAAACACUUCAAACAUUCCGCCGCAAACCGGAAUUGUACGGUAUCAAAGGUCAAUUUGGGAUUUAUCUUGCAACGAGCGAGAAUGGAAUAAUGCGUGUUGGUGAUCGUGUGCAAAUUUUGAAAGAAGACAAAAACUUUUAG